UAAGUCGAAUUUAUCAGUCGACCGAAGUCGGUUUGAAGUGAUCUAGUUCGUCAGAAAAGGCACAGACCACGUUCACAAUGAAAUCGCUGGUGGUGUUCUUCGCUCUCGCCUCCGUGGCUUGCGGCUCCCUCAUCCCGUGGGCGCAGCCUGCGCACCACGCAGCCGUGGUCCUGGACCCCCACGGCCGCCCCCUGGAGACCGCCGACGUGAUCAACGCCCGCGCUAUUCACCUGCAGGCUAAGGCCCUGGAAGGCCACGGUGCCCUCCUUCACGGUGCCGUCGCACCGGUUGCCGUCGCUCACUCCGUGGUCGCUGCCCCCGCUGUGGUGGCUGCCCCCGCCGUAGUAGCUGCCCCCGCCGCCGUCUCCCACCAGUCCCGUGUUGACGUGCGCACCAGCCCCGCCAUCGUCACCGCGCACGCUACUCCUGUCUUAGCCGCGCACAGCGCUUACGCCUCUCCUGUUUGGGGACACGCCGUUCACGGACUCGCCGCUCACGGACUCGCCGCUCAUGGACUCGCCGCUCACGGCCACCUCCUGAAGAAGCGCUCCCUGGGACACCUUGCGUACGCCGCUCCCCUUGUAGCCCACGCUGCCCCCGUUCUGGCCGCUGCCCCCGCCGCCGUGUCUCACCAGUCCCGCGUGGACGUCGUCUCUAGCCCCGCCAUCGUGUCGCACGCCGUAGCCUCUCCCGUCGUCGCGCACGCCGCCGUCGCGCCCGUCGUCGCCCACGCUGUUGCCCCCGCCGCUGUGUCACACCAGUCUCGCGUCGACGUCCGCAGCAGCCCCGCCAUCGUGGCUCAUGCCGCUGUUGCCCCCCUCGCGCCCCUCGCGCACGGUGUCUACGGUGGUGCCCUCGCGCACGGCGUCUACGGAGGCGCGCUCGCGCAUUCCGGACUCCUUCAUUCCGCCCCCUUGGCCCAUGCCUGGUGAAGAGUGAAUAUGACGACCUAAGAUUAGUAACUUUAAACGAUAUCAUAAUUUAUAAAUAAAAAAUAACAUAAAAAUAAACCGUGAAA